AUGACUGAAGAAGAAACAGAUAUUUACUUGUCCCCCGCGGAUUCGCACGUGGCGGUGCAUGAACACCUGAUGCGAAUAGAGAGCGCAUUUUACUACUCCCCUGGUGACGCCAUGGCGGCCGUGCAUCCUCUGCAAGGAACCGUAUCCCCGCGCCGCGGCAAAGAUCUUCCGCCUAUGUGUAUCGUUUCUGGAAACGGGAAUCGCCCUCUUGCGGAGGCGGUAGCGAUGUUGCUUGGGACCCCCACGCACCAAACAUUGGUGAGGCAGCGUGCAAAUGGUGAGGUGAAUGUGCGUAUUGACGAGAGUGUUCUUGGUGCCGAUGUAUACAUCAUUCAAAGCACGACAGGGAAUGAAGUCAUCGAUGUGAAUACAGCCGUCAUGGAACUUCUUUUACUAAUUCGAAAGAUGCGUUUAAGUAAUGCCAGGCGGGUUACUGCGGUGAUUCCGUACUUUGCCUACUCACGUCAGGAUAGCAAAAAGGG